CUCAAAAUGAGUAGUAUUAUCUAGUUAAAUUCUGUUUCAAUCAAGAAUGAAACUAAUUGCGGUUAUUGUAAUGGUGCAAAAUCUAACAAGCUAUGGGUUACUUCUGGCUUCUAUUGUUACAAAAUGAAGUUGGAUGAAUAUUAACAAUUAAUGGAUAGAGGCUGGAGAAGAUGUGGUGUUUAUUAUUAUAGGCCAGCUCUAGCCCAGAGCUGUUGUCAAGCCUAUGCAUUGAGAGUUGAUACACAAAAUUUUAAACUAAGAGUGACUCAUGAGAAGGUCCUUAAGAAAAUUAAAAGAAUCCAACCUAUCCAGAAUGAUCUAAAUGAUUUUCAUCAAAAGGCUGAACUAAAAUCAGAAAUCAAAGAAGAUUAAUUUACUUAAUCUAUCUUAUCUCAAAUGUAGACUGACAUCGAUACCAAGGAUUUAGUCAUACUUUCAAAGGUUGGAUAACAUUUUACAUUUAAAAGUAUUUAAUACAAAGAAGAAGAACAUAUCAAAUAAUUCAAAUAAAUUAUUAUAAAUAAUUUAUCAAAAAUUACGAUUCAAGAAUUAUCGUAAGUAUUUUUAAUUACCAAUGAAGAUCAUUAAAAUAUCCUUCUUAAUCUGUUUAGAACUAGUUUAUAAGAAUUCUCGAUCUAUGAAAUCACUGUAUUUAGAGGUCAACUUAAUAGAAUUGAAAAUGAAUGGGGAUUUGGAUGUAACUUGAUUCCAUAUUUUUAUUCCAAAUUACACACCAAAUUUAAACCUUUAUAUCCAGAAUUCCAAACCAAGGAGGAAAAUAAACUAUACAUUUCUUUGAUUUCUAAAUAUUUAUCAAACCCGGAGUUUACAUUCAAAGUUUCCUCAUGGGAUAAUCAAAUUUUGAUCAAAACACCUUAAACAAUUAAAGAAAAAAUAUUUAAAUCAAUGGUGUUGUACUAUUUGUAAAAGGCAGAUUUUUAAAAUACUCAAAAUUUCGCUAAGGAAAAGAAGCAUCAUCAAAUUGAAAUUAAAUGGGUCAAAGCUUAAUUUUAGGAAGACAGUUUUGAAGUCUACAAAAGAUAUUAAAAAGCUAUUCAUGAUAAAGAUAGAGUUAGCAGGUAAAGCUAUUUAAAUUUUGUUUGUGUGGAUGCUUUGGAUAGUCAAGAAUUAGGAUGUUGGCAUAUGAAAUAUUAUUUAGAUAAUUAACUUAUAGCAGUUGGAGUAGUGGACUUAUUACCAUAAUCACUAUCUUCAGUGUACUUUUUCUAUGAUCCUGCUUAUAAAAAGUAUUCUUUAGGAGUUUACGGUGUUCUUUAAGAAAUAGAGUACAUUAAGUAACAUCAGAAGGAGAAUCCGUAAUUGAAAUAUUAUUAUAUGGGAUUCUAUAUAAUGGAUAGUAAAAAGAUGGCUUACAAGGCUGAUUAUACUCCUUGUGAAUUGUUGUGUCCAUAAACAUAUAGAUGGAUUGCGUUAACCAAACCAAUAAAAGAGAAGAUUAAAAAGAUCACAGAGUAUGCAUAAGAUGUGAGAUUGGCAGAAGAAAAGGCCGCAUAGAUAGGCUAUAGUAUUAACUUAGACGGUAGUACAAUAAAGGAUAUGGACUUUUCAGAUGUAGACAUUCAGAAUUUCAUUUUAUCACAUAUAAAAAUAUCUUAAGCUGGAAAGCAGUAUUCAAUUUCAUAGCUCAAGAAAAACUAUUAAUAAUACUUUAUGAACUUAUUUGAAAAUCUUCUUGGAAAAAUAGGUAAAUAAUUGAUGACCAAGUUUUUGUUUGCUGUGAAUUGA